AUGCUGCAGCUGUGCCAGUGCAGGGACAAGCUACGCGCGCUGCGGCAGGUGCGCGAGCGCAUGAAGUUCUUCCCGCUGCGGCCGCUGGACAAGCGGAGGGACGGCUACUCCAUGAAGAUCGCCACCAGCCUCAUCCUCUCGGGCUCGGACGACGUGGGCAUUGACGCACUCGGGGGGCUGGAGAUGCUUCUCUUCGCCUUCUUCUCGCGCCAGGAAUUGCUGCGCGUCAGCGGCGUCUGCAGGGCGUGGAGGGCGCUGGCCAGAUACGAUCUGUUCUGGGAGCCUCUGCUGGUCACGCCGCAUGAACGGUACCCGCUGCGUCCGCUGCUUGGGCUGGAGCGAGACCCGACCCAUCGACGGGAGGAUAUCCCGGCAAUCCUAGUGUACAUGGUGUGCCAGAGACUCAAGCUCGCCCAGGCGGCGUACACGACAGAGUGCGGCGACGAUACGUCUAGGACGAACACAGCGACGACGAAUGCAGCGCCGAGGUAUAACGGAAGGAUUCUGGAGCUGUUCCAGACGCUCAACAGACAUGCUCAGAAUGGUGCAGGUGCUGCCGACGACGAGGACGUCUACAGCGUGGCGGAUGGACGGGAUCGAUUGACGCUGAGUGCUUGGUUGGCUACAAAGCGUCGUGUGAGCGAGCGCACAUUGCGCUCCUUCUUGCGCCAAAUGCUGCUGGCAGUGGAUGCUCUAGAGCGGUCCAACUGCGAGCAUGUAGAUAUCUCUCCAGUUAAUAUCGUGGAUUAUCACUUGCUCGGUAAACGGCGCACUCCUUUCUUCCAGCUAUUUCUUAGCCGCAGGAAUUGCCAGCACACUGGUGGCACACAAGGACAAGGAGGUGGUGUGCCGGCAAUUUUUCGCAACCGACUAGCACUCCCUCACCCCUCCAUGGUAAGCUCGGUGAUUCAGACCGCAAUGACAGUGUGGGCGCGUGGUCGGUUUGCGGACCCAACGACGUCCACAGUACUGGCGCUGCUACUGCGUUUCCCUGCCAGCUUUUCGAGUGGUCUGCGAGGUUUCCUGGAGUAUGCAAAGUACCUCAUCAUCACCCAUUCGGCCACCGCAUCCAAAUUGCUUCGUCACGACUACCUUCAGCGUCCAGGGUCUCAGCUUGAUCGCAGUUCGUCGCGUCACUGGUCAACGACACCGAUCAACGACGUUAACGAGUACAAGAGCAAGCUCGUAGCGUACUACGGCAGCUUACCCUCCCGUGUCGAAGGGCUACCGAACGACAAUGCCAGCUCCUCGGCGAGCCCAGCCGUGAUCGACGAGCUCAUGCCCAGGACGACGUUAGGCAUUCAAUACUUCGCCAAGGCCCUGGAGGAAGCGAAUCUCCCAGCAGAACGCUUUGUCAGCGUCGUCGCUCCGUCCUCCGCGUCCUCCUCCUGGGUGCGCAAGCUAGCUCUCACCCAGACUUGUACACUUCAGCGAUUGGACCUGUCUCGCGCCCGAGUGCCAAUGUCGGUGCUACUGCAAGAGCUAGCCACGCUUCCUCGUUUGACGCACCUCCGUCUUCCGCGGCAGAUUCUGCGGGACGAGAACCUGGAGCACCUCGUGGCCGCGCUAGCGUACACCGACUUGCUGCCGCGCCUACGUUGCCUCGAUGACAACGUACGUCAAGCCAUGGAUCGCAUGGAGAAGUCCUACCUCAUGCAACUCGACAUGGUCACGUUCCUGUUGCAAAAGCCCAGUGCGUCGUCUACCCAGACCCGCGCUGGAGGAUAA